AUGUACAUCGCGUCGUGGAAGCAGAUCCUGGUUUGGGACCCCGUCACUGCCGACCAACACCGCCUAGCCGUUCCCCCGGGCUUCGACUUCAACUUCGUGCCGGUGAUUCACCUGGUCUCCGGGGCGGUGGUUCGUGCUGCCGGAGCCGACCACUUCCAGGUGGUCCUGGUAGGCACAGACAAACAGCAACAUAGAGGAGCAAUCGCCUGCGUUUACUCGUCAGAAACCGGCCUAUGGGGUAAAAUCAUCUCAACCCCGCUUCCACCGGAGGUUUAUUCUGGGAGAAGUUCUCCAUUCAUCAGUUUCAUGAGUGUGCCUUCCGUGCUGGUUGGGGAUUCCAUUUACUGGUUGAUUGCCGGUUAUUCAUUAGUAAUCCUUGAGUUUGAUUUGCAUAGGCAGAACCUAACUGUCAUACGGUUGUCGGAGGAUAUGUUUGCCAAGAAAAAUUGUCAAUUCUUGAUCAUGCGGGCAGAGGGUGGCGGCCUUGGUUAUCUCUUCCUUUCAAACUACAAUGCUAAGUUAUGGAAGAGGAAAAAUGGGUAUGAUGGUGUUGCUUCAUGGGUGUUGGAAAGAACUAUUGAACUGGACAAGCUACUUUCCCUGAAUCCAGAGGAGAAAGACUCCCCAAUUAUGCUUGGGAUUGCUGAGCACAAGAAUUUGGUGUUCAUGUGGACAGUUACCGGCCUCUUCACGGUCCAGCUUGAGUCAUUGGAGUUCAAGGAGAGUUUUGAAACCAACUGUUGGUAUGGCCAUCAACCAUUCGAAGGUGUAUAUACCGCAGAAACAAUCACUGGUGGUGGACAUGAUGGAGCUGCACUGUUGCUCAAUACAUAA